AUGCAGUACGUUUAUCAACACUUUCUUCAUCGUUGCACCGCGUACCAGACACCUUUUAUCUACGCACAAGCACCACAAAUACACUCUUUUGCUUGCUCAAUGAGUAGAUUGGCAUUGCUAGAUCAUAUAUCCCGUUUUCUAAACGUGGAUCUGAACCAGAUCAAUGAUUUUCAUCGCCGUCUAGAUCUGUUUACCACCCACAAUGGUUCCGAUGUCAUGUAUAUUGUCGCCAAUGGCACUCGAGCAGAGGUCCUAGGUGACUCUACGGUCCCAUUUAACCUGGAUUUUGGCACCUUGAUAGUAAUAAUCAAGCCUAAGGGUGUUUUCAUUGUGUCUGAUUUGUACAUCUGGAACGUCCCGCUUGGCAUCUCUGGAAACGAAAGCUUUGAAGGCGUCCGGUCUCUCUUGAGCCUCGGCUUGGUGCCGUACUUUGAAAGCAUUGUAUCGGACUCGCAUCUAAACCUUGGCCAGACUCUUGGUAAAACCCGCCUGAAAUUUAACGAACUUUCUUUGGCUUUACAGCAUCUCCAGCAAACCAUUGAGACCCCAGAUUUGGCCCAGUCCGCCCAUCCUGCUAUACGAAAGAUUGCUGGCUCAUCAGAUGCAGAUUUGAGACAUUUGGCAGAAGAUCCAGAGAUCUUGAACCAGGUGAAUAAUACUGUCAUUUCGUGGGUUCGCCAAAUCAAAAACGUCACAACGCUAGACCAUUCGCCACAGAGCAGCGAGUCUAUCAUUGACCACUUUCAUUUCUGGAAAUCCAUGGAUCUUGCUUUAAAAGCUCUCCAGCAUCAACUAAAGUCACCUGAAGUACGAUACUCAUUACAGGUCCUCAACUUGGGAAAACGACAGAGGGUAGUGACAAGUUUUGAAAAUGAUACUGGACUCGAAGAGGCAUUAGCUCGAUGCAAAACAAUCAACGACGUCUUGAAAGAUAUCCCAAUUGAAGAAGUGCUAUCGAUAUCGGGACAAGACGAAAUGGCAUUUUCCAAACUAGAAUCAGCAAUCCAAUCGGUCUUUACGUACCUCAGAAGGUUGAAAAACCACGCAAACUUUUCAACAUCUCGCUCAAUCGACCUUGUGACGGGAAUUGCCAAUGAAAUCGUCUCGAAAAUAUUGCAUACCUUGCGGGACAAGGACAUUUUGGAACUCGAUAUUACCGCAUUUGACGACUUGAUACAACAAGGUCACUCUACGCUAAAUGUUCUUGAAGAUAAUAUCAAAUCGGUUGUGGAGUUGUUGAGAGAGUUAUCUCGGAAGAGAGACGAACGAUUCUCUGCUAUCAAAGUAGAUCAAAGCAGUUCUGCAAUUCUCAAAGAAAGACUCACCGAAUUAUCAAGCUUGCGCCAUCAACAUGAAGAGCUUUUACAAACCUUUUAUAUUGCUCACAAGGAAAGUGAUAACAUACACCUAUUGCGGCAGUCCUGGAACCAUCUCAAGUCUGAUACCGACCCUUUUGACAUUUCAAAAAAGGGUUCAGCAUUUUGGGAUAGCAAUGUGAAAAUUUACAUGGAGUCAUACAAUAGUGCUCUAAGUGACUUGCAAAACUUAUACAGUGCCAGGUUUCGUGAUUGUCAAGACACAUCACAAAUGGCUAUGAUUUUGAGCGAGUAUUCCGGCAAAGGUAUUGAUGAAACUCUUCCGAGUCUUUUGUUAGAUGCUGAUAAAAUCAAGAUCUUACAAGUGGCCCAGAAAGAGGUUGAGCGUCUACAGGAAAUCCAUUCCAAAUUGGGCUUGUCUAUGGGUCGAAGAAGUCAAGAAAGUGACAUCAUACCCACUUUGAACAUGCGCCGAGGACUCCUAGCUCGAGCAAGUUUUAUUAUGGAUGUACUUCGAAGAGCAAUUGGAAACUGGGAACACUAUUCCACCGGCUCGCGUUUGGAGAAUGACAUGCGUGCUUUUGUCACCAUUAUAGAUCCAGUCAUAAUAUUUCAAAACUGGCUCACCGUCGUUAAAGAUGAAGUCUUGCCUAAGAUUGCUGCAUGUGCGCAAGCCAGUAUUUUUAGGACCACUAAAAUUGAGCUGAAAUCCCAAAGAGAAGUGGCCGUCGCUCUCGAUGUAUCGAUUGUCACACAGUAUAAUAAUUUUCGAGAAUUUUCUGGUCUUGGAUUCGAAAUGCCUUUACCGGUCCACAAAUCAUUUACCGGACUUGCAUCAGUGAUAAGUAUUGCCACUUCCAUUAAUGAAAGUCUUGAUUUUGUGAAAGGGGCACUCGAGGAAUAUAGAGAGUCCUUAGGUGGAAAUGAAGGUUCCAUCACUCAAAAACUAUUGAUAAAACCCAUCCAGGAUGUUUUGGAAAAAUGCAGCAAACUAAGCUCGUUCCGAUGGUUUCAUUUUCAGAACUUCGUAGAGCUAAACGAGUUUGCUUUUUCUGGUGAUAGCAUAAUUGAGUCUCAAGCAAUCGGUUCAUUUUACAACUUUCAAAAACUGGUGCAAAUUUUACAUGAAAAAUUCAUUCUUUUUAAUGGCUUCAACCAGAGGCUACAGUCCAUGUACGACGAUUUGGAGAGAUGUGAAUACACUCAAAAAUCGAUCGAACUGUCUUUGAGCCUGAUUCAACUAGAGUUACAGAAGAUCGCAUUGUAUGAUUCAGAGAUUAUAACAGUAUUAGUCGACCAGAUUAAUCUAGAGGUCCUCAAAAUAUUGGCAAGAAAAUGCCAAGCAAUGCUCAGUCUGUUGGGUCUGUCCAUACAAGGUAGUCAUCUGUCGGUUUUUGAGCACACGGCCUCAUUUGAAGAGAGAAGUAUUGUCAUAUAUCCUCCCUUGGAAUCUACGAAAGCUGCGCUUGUUUCUCAGAUCAAUGAUUUUCUUCAGAUAGUGGAGAGGCAGAAUCAGAUAAGUUCAGAGCAAGGAACUGAGCGGAAAAACUACGUUGUUUCACAAGCGCUAAGCGAAUCCAUUGCAUCCACAUUGAGUAUUAUUGACCAUGUUCUUGACGAUGCAAAAAGCUAUUUCAAUUUGUGGGUAGCUUUUCUGAACUUAUGGGACAUAGAUGUGAAAGAAGGAAGUGAUAGCAAUGUAUUGCUUGCUGGUGUGUCCUCCUUCAAGGAGUGGAACAAUCUUCUCAAGUCAGUCUCAAACUCUGCAAGCAUAUUGGAAACUUCGACUUACCAGAAAGGUUGUAUGACUAUCAACUUUUCCAGAAUCUUGCCAAGAGCCCAAUUGAGGUUUGACAAGUUCUAUAACACUUUCUUGGAUGUUGUGUCAAGUGUAUUGCAAAGCAAUCUAGCGCUGAUUCUUCAAGAGGUGGACUCGGCCGUAAGGGUUCUUGAAUCUUCAUUUGAGCACAAGAAAACUUUCGAAAGUAAAAUACUCUUCAUCAAAUUCAUACUUCAGGUGGAACUGAAACUACUCGAAUGGGUCAAUGGUUACAAGAUUGCCAAAGAGAUGAAUAGCACCCUCACUGCUAACCAAUACAAAGGAGACGACCAGCUCAGUUAUUUGGAUCCUGAGCAAUUGAAUAACCGUCUUUCGGUUGCUGAAAGCUUAAGAAAGUUGCGACUCUCUCAGUCAUUGAAGAUUACAGAUGAAAUUCGUUCAAAUAUAGAAAACGCCGCUCGGACGUUUGGGGACCUGGUCAAUUCAUUCAAACUUGAAUGGCUGUCACAAGACAUAUUGCACACGACAGCAUUACCACCAGUGGUUUUUGAAAAGUUGAUGAAGUACAAAAAAGAGUGCCUUGACCUUCAACAACUACAUACGGCUUAUGAAGUUGUGGCUAGCUUUCUUCAGGCAGAAAUCACAUUGCCUGAUAAAAGACUUCUCGAAGUUUUCAAUGGUCAAAUUGACGAUCUCGUAACGACUUGGAAGCAGAUACUUAACUUAUGGGAAUCCCUUAAAUGCAUUAAAGACCUAAAAUGGGCUUCUACAAGUUCGCUUGAAGUUCGUCAAAAGCUCGAAAAUAUCUUGAAAGCUUCACGGGACAUGAGCGAAGCGGUUCAGGAGUUUGAUACCAUAAAACAUUUACAGCGGUCGAUCAAGUCGUUCCUCAAAAACUUCCGUAUGAUAAACGAUUUGAAGUCAGGCUCAUUAGAAAACCGUCAUUGGAAACAAAUCGUGUCUUUACUAGGCAUGGGAGACUUAGACACCGAGAAUAUUACCUGGGGUACAAUCUUAGAUUUGGAUCUCGAGAAGAAUAAGACAAGGAUUAAUUCGGUCUUGAGUCAGGCGGCAGCAGAGCUUACCUUGAAAGCGACUCUUGAUGAUAUGCAAGCUCAUUGGUAUUCUCUCACGUUUACUUAUUACGACUUCAAUGGUAUCUGCUCGUUAGUCAGAAAUGGCAAAAAACUCCUUGAUAAUUGUGACCAAAAUGUAAGAACAUUGUCGUCCAUGAAAAGCUCUACAUAUUUCAAGGUGUUUGAAGCAGAUGCUACGUUAUUCGAAAAUCGUCUCAAUCAAUUCAUCUUGCUUCUUGGCACAUUUGUUGAAAUACAAAGGGUGUGGGUCUAUUUAUAUGGGGUCUUUGGGCAAAAUAGGACAGAGGUUCGAGCAAUAUUGCCUAUAGAGAGCACAAGAUUCCAAAACAUAACUUAUGAGUUCUUUGAGGUGUUGAAAAAAAUCCGAAGCCAAGAAUCUGCUCGGUCUAUAUUGGAAAUUCUGAACGUUUCCAUUCUUUUCAAGGAGUUAUGGGAAUCCUUACAAAGAAUCAGUCGAGCUUUAAAUGAUUUCUUGGAAAGGCAGCGAGAGAUAUUUCCACGUUUCUACUUGAUCGGUAAUGAAGAUUUACUAGAACUUAUGAGCGGUUCUAAUGAUGGAGCUAUAAUCAAUAAGCAUAUCAAGAAAAUGUUCUUUGGAGUCUCCAGUUUGGUUAUUGUGUCAUCAGAAAUCACAGAGAUAAAAUCUGAUGAUGACGAAUGUCUCAAAUUGGCAAAUCCAGUAUCUCUAUCAAAGUACGAAAGAUUGAUAGACUGGCUAAAGGAAUUUGAAUACGAAGUAAAGCAUUCGCUUGCCGUGUCCACGAAAAAAUAUUUGGACGAGUAUGGAUCACUCUUUGAGUCGCCUGAACCAUCGUUGGUACGCAAGUUUGUACUGACGGCUCCUGGGCAAGUUCAGUUUCUAGUCAGCAAGGUCAAGUUCACAGAGCUGGUUCUUCAGGCAAUUCCCGCCGGAACCAUCUCUCGCCGUAUAGAAGAACAACAGAGGCUUCUCAACUUGUUGACUGCCUAUUCUGCCGAAAUCAAAAUUUCUUGUCGAAGAAAGCUUGAGCACUUGAUAAUUGAGGAAGUGCAUAACAGAGACAUUCUUAUCUCACUCAAAGAUUUGGAUAGCGAAGCAGCCGCUUCUCGCUUACGAACUGAACAAUUGUAUUUCUUUGAUCAAACUGAGGAACCCAUAGUCACUAGAAUGAAAGUUGUUCAAGGAGGGGGCUCGUUUACUUACGGUUUCGAGUACCUUGGCGUUCCUGACAAGCUUGCUUAUACGCCAUUGAUUGACAAGUGUAAUCUUACAAUGACCCAAGCACUUGCCCAGAAACUUGGCGGUGCACCAUUCGGUCCUGCUGGUACAGGAAAAACGGAAGCUAUAAAGUCGCUUGGAUACAAUUUUGGACAGAUGGUCGUCCUCUUUUGCUGUGACGAAACAUUUGAUUUUCAAGCAAUGAGCCGUCUUUUUGUUGGUAUCUGUCGUCUUGGAUGCUGGGGCUGUUUCGAUGAGUUCAACAGAUUGAAUGAUAAGAUACUUAGUGCGGUGUCUUCUCAGAUAGAGAAGAUUGAGUCCUCUCUUGUUGAAGGACUGUCUCAUAUCACUUUAAGUGACAAGACGCUAGAGGUCCAAAACGGAACUGCAAUUUUCAUUACCAUGAAUCCCGGAUAUGCUGGAAGAUACGAGCUUCCAGAAAACCUUAAACGGUUAUUCGUUGGCUUCUCGAUGAACGAGCCAGACAGAAAUGUCAUUGCAGAAGUACUACUUUCAUCACGUAACUUCAUUGCUGCUCGUGAACUAUCUGUUGUCUUUGUCUCUUUUUUGAAAGAUCUUGCCUCAUCAACGACGAAACAGGUGCACUACGACUUUGGAUUGAGAGCGUUAAAACGCUGCAUAGACUGCUGUGCUGCUCUUUUUUUGAAGACUCAUAAGGAAGCUGAUAUUACUUCCUUAGAACACCAGCAGAAGCUCUGUGUUUUACAAAGUCUUUAUGAGACUAUUUUGCCCAAGUUGGUCGAAGACGACAUUCACAUAUUUCACCAAUUGGUUACGAAAUACUUUGACGGUUUCUCGGUUGAUUUAGGCGAAGAUGCACUCAUCGACAAAGUUGAGACAAUUGCAGCAAAGCGUGGACUUGCAAUGAGCGAAACCUUUAUUCAGAAGAUAGUUCAAUUGUACCGAGUACAACGCAAUCACCAAGGUGUGAUACUUGUUGGACGUGCAGCGUCAGGAAAGUCAGUGGUGCAGAGCUUGUUACUUCUGGCCCUUGAAGAGUUGGAAGGCAUUGAGAGUUUGACUUUUGUGAUCGAGUGCAAAAUUAUGUCCAAGGAAGAACUAUUUGGCUCUUUGGACCCGAUAACAAGAGACUGGAAUGACGGUUUGAUCACCUCAAUAUUGCGCCGUAUCAACAAUAAUUUGCGGGGUGAGUUGAACAAAAGAAUCUGGAUUGUAUUCGAUGGAGAUGUCGAUCCAGAUUGGGCUGAAAACCUCAACAGUGUUCUCGAUGAUAACAAAAUACUUACGCUUCCAAACGGUGAAAGAAUAAGGUUUCCUCCGAAUGUGCGGUUGAUUUUUGAAGUUGCAAAUUUGACUUAUGCGACUCCUGCUACAGUUACGAGGUGUGGAAUGGUGUAUUUCAAUGAGGGAACGGUAACUGCUGAAAUGGCGCUCCAACAUAACAGGUUCAACUUUGAGAAGACUAUCAAAGGAUUCGGCAAAAGUAACAUCGACAUGGAAUGGAUAUGUGAGGAGAUGAGUGAAUCUGACAAUGCCGCCAUUAUAUUGGAAGCUCUUGACUUUUCACAAAAACAACUACACGUUAUGGAGUUCGACAAGAUUCGUGCAAUACGGACAUUUUUCAUUCGCUUACAAGCGUAUUUCAGGGCAUUCCUUGGUUCAAACGACUACUAUUCCAGGGAAGACGUUUGCAAGUACUUUCGAAAGGCUUUUAUACUUUCUCUUGCUUGGGCAAUUGCUGGCGACUGCUCCCUCAAAGAAAAGGAAGUCUUUUCAAAGUUUCUUGUGAACAGAGCAUGGAAGCAAGAAUGGAAGGAAAUGGGUAGUGAUUUCGUUUGUAUCGAUUAUGGAAUCUCGCUACCCAACAGUGCAUGGCGCCCAUGGAGUCUGAGCGUGAUUCAGCUGGAUCUCCAGCCACAAGACGUAAUGAGUGCAGAUACAGUGGUACCGACAACUGACACUCUUAGACAUGAAGAUCUCAUCUUUUCUCUCAUUAACGAGCAUGAACCAAUUAUACUUUGUGGUCCACCUGGUUCCGGUAAGACAAUGACAGUGAUGGAAGCUUUACGUCGGUCACCUAAUAUGGACAUCAUUCCUAUAAAUUUCUCAAAGGAUUCUCCACCUCAGCUCUUGAUCAAGUCGCUUGAAACACACUGUGUCUACAAGAGGCUCAACAACUCUUUGGUACUUGCACCAAAAGUUUCUGGCAAGUGGGCGGUGGUGUUUUGUGACGAGAUCAAUCUUCCUGCUUAUGACAAGUAUGGCAGUCAGAAAAUCAUUGCUGCUUUACGUCAAUUGGUAGAAUGGAAAGGGUUUUGGCUUCGUAACGAGUGGGUGAAGCUACAAAAUAUUCUGUUUGUUGGUGCCUGCAAUCCUUCUACUGAUCAAGGAAGAAAUAUCUUACCGGAUCGUUUCUUAAGACAUGCUACCAUAAUCAUGGUUGAUCAUCCUGGAGAAAUGUCUUUGAGACAAAUCUAUUUGACCUUCAACCGAGCCUUAUUGAAUCUAGCACCAAACUUGAAAGGUUUCUGUAACCACUUGACGGAAGCCAUGCUAGAUUCAUAUCAUAGAUGUUUGGACUACUUGCCCCACCAGAAUGCUAGCUUGUACGUUUACUCUCCCAGAGAGCUCACUAGGUGGUGCCGUGGUAUUUUGAUGAUUCUCAGAGAAAAGGAACAUACUCUGGUUUCCAGUUUACUACGGGCUUGGUACCAUGAAGGUUUGCGUAUAUUCUGCGACAGACUAAGCGAAGAAGUCGAUCGCAUUUGGAUUAAGGAACAGUUAAAAUUUGCUCUUGAAAGUAGAUUUCCUGGUUUAAGGGCAGAUGAAGUCUUGAAGAGUCCAUUGUUGUACUCCAGGUGGAUAACUCUGCGCUACGAAGAAGUGAAUCCUGCUGAUUUGAUACCAUUAAUGAACGAAAGAUUCAAACUUUUUGGUGAAGAAGAGAAGGAUAUGAGUCUUAUCGUGUAUGAUGAUUUAUUGGAUUAUGUUCUUCGCAUUGAUAGAGUGUUGAGGCAGCCUCAAGGGCAUAUGAUCCUAGUGGGUGCUCCCGCCAGUGGCAGAACUACCCUCUGCAGAUUUGUGGCAUGGAUGAAUGGACUCAAAGUGUUUCAACUUGUGACUCACUACAACUACACUUUGAGUGAUUUUGAAGAAUUUUUGAGGGGUGUGCUUCGAUCUUGUGCAAAGGGUGAGGGAGUAUGCUUGAUGAUUGAUGAGUGCAGUGUCAUUGACAUAUCGUUUAUUGAGCGCAUGAACAGCAUACUUGCCAAUGCUGAGGCUCCGGGUCUUUAUGAAGGUGAAGAUUUACACGCACUUUUUUCUCUAUGCAAAGAACAAUCACAGCUUCAGGGAUUAUCGUUGGAAACUGAAGAUGAACUAUUGGGCUGGUUUCGUUCAGAGAUUUCCGCCAACCUUCACGUUAUCUUCACGAUGAGCGAUUCUUCUCGAAUAAUUUCGUCACCAGCAUUAUUGAAUCGGUGUGUGCUAAGCUGGAUGGGAGAUUGGUCCGACCAUUCAAUGUUUCAGAUUGCUCUUGAUGUCAUUGGAAAGACCCCUCUUGACUCCUCUGAGUACAUGAUUCCUGAAACUUUCAACAAAAUUGUGCCUGACAAUAUCUCAAGCUUGUAUGAGGUGGUUGCCGAUUCUUUAGUUGCUUCUCACAGAAUCGCUGGCAAAGUUGCAAUCGAAGAGGCUUCUAGCAUUGUUGGAGGUUUGCAUUCUCCAGCCUUCUUCAUUCGGUUACUCGACGAGUUUCUGAAGAUUUACCUAAGAAGAGCUGCAAGUCUUGAGGAAAUGCAAUCGCAUACAACAACUGGUUUAAAUCGUUUACGAGGAGCGGUUCUAGAAGUGAAAGCGCUAAAGCAGCAAUUGAGUGACAAGAAGGUCCAACUUGCAAAAAAAGACUCCGAAGCCAAAGAUACGUUGAACAAGCUUUUGACUGAUCAAAAUGAAGCUGAACGUCGGCAAGAAUUUUCUGUGGAGACACAGAGUGCGUUGGCUCGACAAGAAAAAGACAUUCAUGAGCGGCGAAAGAUUGUUAUGGCGGACCUUGCUGAUGCAGAACCAGCAGUUCUUGCAGCUCAGAAAGGUGUUCAAAACAUUAAAAAGCAACACCUUACAGAACUAAGAAGCAUGGGUAAUCCUCCAGCUGCUGUGAAGAUGACAAUGGAAUCGGUGUGCAUCCUCUUGGGCUAUGAGGUGACUUCGUGGAGAGAUGUACAAUCAAUUAUUCGAAAGGACGACUUCAUAGCCAAUAUCGUCAACUUUGACAACGAAAAGCAAGUCACUCCAGACUUGCUUGAGUAUAUGGAGAAUAUCUACCUCUCCAGGUCUGACUAUUCGUAUGAUGUGGUGGAUCGAGCUAGUAAGGCAUGUGGUCCCCUCUUGGCAUGGGUAAAAGCUCAACUAUCUUAUGCAACGAUUUUAGAUAAGAUUGAGCCUCUUCGUGAGGAGGUCAGGUUGAUUGAGUCUCAUGCCCGAAAGACCAAAGCUCAGCUUAUUGCUAUCGACCAAAUGAUACAAGAACUUGAUGGUGAAAUUGAGACUCUCAAAGAAAACUACAUGCUCCUCAUAAGAGAGACCGAGUCCAUCAGGCUGGAAAUGACCACGGUGGAGAACAAAAUGAGCCGAAGUUUGCGCUUGAUUGAAAGUCUCAAUUCUGAAAAAGACCGCUGGCAUUCAACAAUCGAAAAGUUUGGUCUGUUCAGAAGAAACUUGGUUGGUAAUUCCAUUAUCAGCGCAGCAAUGGCAACGUACACUGGAGCACUCAGCGAGCAUGCGAGAAGGGUGCUCGUGGUCCAAUGGAAGGAAAAACUUCAAGAGUCAGGAGUUUUAUUCGACGAUGGAAAGUCCGACUUGAAGACAUUGGCAGAACUUGAUAGGAAGUUAUUCUGGAAAGACUGGGGAUUGUCGCAAGAUGAAUUGAAUAUCCAGAACAUCAUUAUCAUCGAAGAGGGAAUAAGCUCUGGGUAUGUACCACUUAUUGUUGAUCCAGAGGAUUCGAUUCCUACAUUCAUUUCAAACUUAAACUCACCGCAAAAGACCGUCAUUGCGAGUUUCCUUGAUCCCAGCUAUGUGACAUCCGUUGAAAAUGCACUUAAGUUCGGCACACCCAUUUUGAUCAAGGAUGCCGAAUUCUAUAAUCACAAUUUGGACCCUAUACUUCGCAGAGACUUCCAACGUAACGGAGGCAGAGCGGUCGUCAAGUUCAAUUCUAAUGAGGUGGACGUCAAUCCUGGCUUCAAGCUUUUUAUGCAUACUAAAGACUCUAACUUGAAUCUCAGUUCUUUUGUUGCAAGCAGAGUCUUGACUGUUAACUUUACCAUCUCGAACAGUAGUCUUGAAACACAGGUACUCGAUUUAAUUUUGAAAACGUUCAAUCUGGAAAUUCAGAAACAACGAAAUGAAGCGAUAUCAUUGCAGGACAAAUAUGAAGUUCUAUUGCAUGACAUAGAGUCCGAUUUGUUGUCUACAUUGAACCAGGCAGAUGGUCGGUUUCUUGAAAAUGACACCGUUGUUGACUCGCUUGAAGAGAUCAAGACUAGAGCCCAGGAUAUGGACAACAGAUACAAGGUGGCUUCUGAAGUUCUUAAAAAUGCCAAAGACGUUUGCGACAGCUAUUCUACAACCACGCAUCAUGUUCGAGACAUUUUCAAAGCUUUUGGCUUUUUUUCCAACACAAGCACUUUUUAUAAUUUCUCGUUGACAUUCUUGUUGCAACUUUUUAUUGAGCUGCUCAAUUGGCAAAUUGAUCCGAAAUCACCAGACUUUAUCAAGAGACUCUAUGAGGAGGCCUUCAAAUGGAUCUCAUCCACAAUGACUCAGCGAGAUCGUAUUGCGGCAGCAGUCAUAUUGUAUCGAGUUUAUGUGAAGAUUUCUGAAGGAGAAAUAGCAGAUGCUUGGUACCACAAAAUCUUGAAAGCUAUCAAGAACGGCGACCAAGAAGGUUUGCUAGAUUUGGUGGUAGGCAGUCUUGGAAAUGAAGUUGAAGCUGAAGACAAACCCAAAAGUGAAAGUGAGCUUCAAGCCAAUGUUCUCAAGAUUAUCUCAGGAAACUCGGAUUUGGCUCCUAGUUCGGAUCUCCUAAAAGCUUUUCUCUUUCACAAAUCGAGUGACUUGAGUUGGCCCGAACAAGUUUUGGGAGAGAUGAUGAAUCUGGGAAAGAAUCUGAACAUUCAUUUUUUCCGGGAUCAAUUCGAAUUCAAAGAUUGGGUACUUGGUAAAGACCAUCAAGUCUUCCUUUUGCCUUCUCUGAGAGGCUCAGAUGCUACUUUAACGAUAGAGAGGCUCGCUCGACUGAAUGAAAAAAAGCUAACCAUUAUUUCAAUGGGUACUAUCGAGGGAACAGAAACGGCAGAUAUGGACAUCGAAGGAGCAGCACUUUCAGGAAAGUGGAUUCUUGUUCAAAAUGGACACUUGGCACUGCAUUGGCUCACCACGCUUCCAACGAAGUUUUCUGGACUCAAUUUGCACCCAUCUUUCAGAUUAUUCAUUACGUGCUCUUUAUCGUCCACAAUUCCAAGUGCUUUGCUCAUGCUGGCACAUGUAUUGAUGUUCGAAACCCCUCCAAGUCUUCGAAGUAACGUACAGGUCUCUGUCAAAUUGGUCAGAGACAUGAUGGAAAGCCAAUCGCUUUCCAAGGCUCACAAGAAAGUUAUCAUUUUACUCGCCUGGUUUCAUUCCAUUGUGUUGGAGCGCUUGAGGUACGCCCAGGUUAACACGAUUCAGCCAAACGAUGUCAAUGACAAUACGCUUUUGUUUGGAGUACGGAUCUUGAUGAGUACUUUCAAUGACGAGAAUUUCCAAAACCAGAUUCCUUGGGAUUAUAUUCGUUACAUCAUUGGCACCAUUGUGUAUGGAGGGCUCGUUGUAUCAAGUACAGAGCGCAACUACAUUACAGAAUUGGCGAGAUGUGUCUUCUGUAUAGAAGCACUAGAGGAGAAUUACAGUUUGAUCAAAGGAGAAUUGUCACUUCCGGAACCAGAUUUUGAAUCUACUUCUCAAUGGCUCAAUGCUAUUCCAGAGCAAACUCCUCUAGCAUGGAUUGGUUUACCUGACGAAAUAGGAUUGAAGGUUAGAGAGGCAGAGGUGAAAUUUAUAGCUGAAACUUGUGUUCAGUUCAAAUAG